AUGACCGUGAAGGACAGAGAUGCGCAGGCGCUGGCCUUUGCCGUGAAAAUGAUCAUGCAGGACUUUCCAGGAGAACAGAUGACCCGCCUGUGCCUGAGACUCCUGGAGAAGAAACUGGACCAAGAGCGUGAGGAUGUGGAAGGCGAUUCUGAGGACACCCGACUCAUGCCAGGGUCCGAGGGCCAGCUGCGGAGCGCUCUGAGGAGGAGGAAGGAGCUGCUGCGCAGGCUCUGGGACCAGCACCUCCUAGAAGAGCUUGCUGGGCCGCAGGCCUGGAGCGGAACCAGCAGAGGAACCCACCGACCAGCACUACCCCCCGAGCUGCCGCCCUCCCCACCACUGGCCCCUGAGCCCCAGCGUGUCAUCCAACACUUGAUCCCCCCAUCUCCUGCCACCAUCAUUCAGCAGCUCCCACAGCCACCACUAGUGGCACAGCUGCCCCCUUCCCAGACAGUUUCUACUCAAAGGUCAACAAGUAUCAAGGAAGACAUGGUGGAGAUGAUGCUGAUGCAGAAUGCACAGAUGCACCAGAUCCUCAUGCAGGGGCUGAUGCUGAAGGCGCUGCCACCAGCCGCAUUCCAGGGCGGCUGA